UCCGGGUUGUGUACAGUUGCAAAACAUCCAACCGGGUAGUUGUGGAAAAGGACAGUCUCCGAGAAAAACCCUGGAUAACGCAACGCUAGGAAAAUGAUGCUAUCAGAAGUCCUGCAGGUGCUGCGUGGGGCCGGUAAAGUGGGGUCUGCCCUGGUCACCACCCAGGGUGAACAGCUCCGGUUAAUGGCCUGCAACUCCACCCUGGGGUCAAAGGGUGGGGCUGGGAUCAAAGUUGCUCAGGAUGUGGUGGAAGGACUGAUGGGCACCUUUAUGGGCGGCAGCACUGCGCAGCAGUCAAUAAAAGAAGACGUGUUUCCGGAUGCGGAGGGUUGGGAGAAUAUGGACCCUGAUGAGGCAGCCAAAUGGGCUGUGGGGUCAGAGUUCCCCCCUGAAUCUCCAGAGCAAAGCCAGACAGAAGCUGGAGCUGCAGCAGAAAAGGCAACAGGAGUUCAUCCUCCCGCAGGGGUAGCUCCUGCAGGAGCGGGCUGGCCCGGACAGAGUGCUCGCUUUCUCCACACGACCCACAGACAGAAGCUGAGUGACCGCGCCAAAGAGAGGAAGGUGCCUGCCACAAGAAUCAGCAGGCUGGUUAAUUUUGGGGGACUGGCAGUAGGACUCGGGAUCGGUGCCAUUGCAGAAGUGGCGAAACAGUCAUUUGGAGGCAAACAAAAAGGAGAAAUGGGUGCCCUGUUAGACUCUCCUCUCCUGUCAGAGGCCAAUGCUGAGAGAAUAGUCAACACGCUGUGCAAGGUCCGUGGGGCCGCACUCAAGAUAGGACAGAUGCUUAGUAUUCAAGACAACUCCUUCAUCAACCCCCAGUUGCAGAAGAUCUUUGAAAGGGUCCGACAGAGCGCAGACUUCAUGCCUGCCUGGCAGAUGAAUAAAGUUCUGGAGGAGGAACUGGGGCCAGGCUGGCGAGAGAAGCUAUCGUCCUUUGAGGAAAAACCGUUUGCAGCAGCAUCCAUCGGCCAGGUGCAUCACGGGGUGUUAAAAGACGGUAGAGAAAUCGCCAUGAAGAUCCAGUACCCCGGAGUGGCAGAGAGCAUCCACAGCGACAUAAACAACCUCAUGUCAGUUCUGAAAAUGAGCGUGGUCCUGCCAGAAGGUCUGUUUGCAGACAGCAGCUUAGAGGUUCUUCAGAGAGAGCUGGCAUGGGAGUGUGACUACAAGAGGGAAGCAGAGUGUGCCAAGAAGUUCAGGUCCCUGUUGGAGGGAAAUGAGUUUUUUCAAGUCCCCAAGGUGAUUGAUGAGCUGUCAGGCCGCAGGGUGCUGGCCAUGGAGCUCGUUCAGGGAGUCCCACUGGACUGUUGCGUAGACCUGGACCAGGAGACCAGGAAUGAGAUCUCUUACAAGAUCCUCCAGUUGUGUCUCAGGGAGGUGUUUGAGUUUAGGUUCAUGCAGACGGAUCCAAACUGGGCCAACUUUUUCUACAACUCAGACACCAACAAGAUUGUUCUGUUGGACUUUGGAGCGUGCAGGAGCUACCCAGAAUCCUUCACAGAUGACUACAUACAGGUGGUGCACGCAGCUUCUGUUGGUGAUCGAGCCACUGUUCUUUCCAAAUCGAAGGACCUGAAAUUCCUGACAGGCUUCGAGGCCAAGGCCUUUGCGGAUGCCCACGUGGAGGCGGUGAUGAUCCUCGGUGAAGCCUUCGCGUCUGCGGAGCCCUUCGACUUCGGCACCCAGAGCACCACCCAGCGCAUCCAGAGCCUCUUCCCCGUCAUGCUACGCCACCGCCUCACCCCUCCACCCGAGGAGACGUACUCCCUGCACCGCAAGAUGGCCGGCUCCUUCCUCAUCUGCUCCAAACUGAGCGCUCGCAUGCCGUGCAGGGACAUGUUCAUGGAUGUGUACAACAACUACAACCAGAGGAGGCAGGCGGCUCAGGCAGCACAGGCCACUGCUUAGACCCUCAGGGACUAGUUUAAUACCUAAAUCUUCAUAGGACUUUUUCAGAGUGGGCUGCUAAGUAAAGGGACAGAAAAGAUGGAGUCUUCCAGUGGAGAUGUGGGAUCAGACGUACAUAAGACUUUACACUAUGUCAAUAUGUAACUAUGACAACGUGCUCCAAUGAGGACCAUGGAUGUGCUUGACUCUCUAUGCCUGUCUCCUUUCAGUGCUACAGUCCAUCAGUGUGAGGGUGUAAUGACUGGACGACCCCACCCCAACAUGUCACCCAUUGGGGCUCGACUCUCACACACACGAAUACUUUUCAUCACUUCGACAAAGAGACAGAUAGUCGUGUCAUAACAAAUAUUAUGCUGAACCCCAAAUGGGUUUAUUACUGAUUAAUUCUUUAUUAAUUGAAGAUUAUUUAAUUGAUUUUGGGUGUGUGUGAAUGAUCAUAUUGGCUAAAUGGUUACAUCUCUCUGUCACAGCAAACACUACACACUGCUGCUGUUCAUUCAAGACAGCUUUUAUGAACAGGAAAGAUGAAUAUUCCCUCUGUGUGCUUCUGGCUAAAAUGAAUCCACUCUGACAGCAAGGUCCAACAUAUUUCUAAGAGAAUGGGUAUCUUCUGUCUUAAGGACACAUAAUAAGCCCUGCAUUGCCUAACUGAUCCUGCCAAGUGUGUUCUUUUGUUAGAAGGACUUUGUGUGCUGUUGCAUGAUGAGUUGGCGAAUGAAGCCUUCUCCUAAAUGGGAUGACUGGCAGACUAUACGAGCAGAUUAUCAGAGGAAUUAGGGAAGACAGUCUAAUGGAGUCCCAGUGAGUAAUGGCCUUGCAUUAUAAAAUAUAUUGACAUAAAACAACAUCAAGUGAAAUACUGUCCUUUUUAUUGUUCCUUUAUGAGGUAUGUGUACUGUAACCUACAAGGCAGUGUGCUGUGUGCUUUUUAUGAAAUAAAAUAUGAGAAAGAUUUA